AUGGUUAGAUUUUAUAAACCAAAUAUAUAUUCAAUGAUUUAUCAUGUUUGGUCAAGCCUUCUUGGAAAUAUUCUGAGUGAAAACAAUGAUAAUAGCAGCAACAGUAAUUAUGAUGAAGAAAUAAAAGAUGAACAAGAAUCAUUGAUUGUAACAAGACGAUUACAAGAUGCUAGUCAUGACAAAAAUCAAUGGUUAGAGGAAUUGAUAAGAUUAUGUAAUGAAGGGUAUCAACCACAAAUCAUAUUUUUAGAUACUGGACUAAUAACAAGUUUGAAUAAGAUAAAUAGGCGUAAUUUUUUAGAUUUGUUUAAUGCAGUAGCAGAAUUUGAUGGAUAUAGAGCUGGUAGACUUAUGAUUGAUAGGUGUAAGACACCUGAGUUGGUUAUAGAUGGGGAAAUAUAUGCAUUGAAAAUGCAACAUUUAGUAUUGAAUGUUAAAAGUAAAACCUUCAAAUUGGGAAAAAUAAAAAUAUCAGAUAUUUUAACAGAUGUUUUAAGGAUGGUAAGGAAUCAUCAUGUGAAAUUAGAAGGGGAUUUUAUAAAUGUUAUCAUAUCAAUAUUGUUACUUGAAGGCAUUGGUAGACAAAUAGAUCCUAAUAUGGAUUUAUUAAAAAGUUCUUUACCAAUUUUAAGAAAGUUGAGUGCUCAGAAAGCGAGUAAAAGAGUAAUUGAGGGUAUUAAAGAAACACAAAGUGAUGAUGAUAUUGAUGGUUCUAUUGGUGACACUCAAUGGUUAAAAUUCUGGAUAUGGUUAGAAGCUAGAGAGUGGGUUAGUGAUGUAUCAUGGGAGGAUUAUAAAGUAAUGUUUGAAAGAAAUAUUUGGUGGCCUGACAUGUAA